AUGGGUGAUAUUAUGGAAAUGCAGAAAUUGCGUUGUAUAUUAAAGCCACGAGGGAUUUUCUUCCUUGGAGUCCCUGUUGGACAAGACGAUGUUGGUUAUAAUUGCCAUAGAACUUAUGGAAGAAUUAGAUUACCUCUAAUGUUUGCAGGUAUUUUUAAAGUAUUUGCUUGCGGCGCGGACUCCAAAUCCUUAAUCUUCGAUAUGCAGCACCAUUACUAA